GUCUUCAUACAUUUAUACCCUUAACCUUAUGAUGUAUACGUGUAUCGUAGUGAUGUGUAUUGGAUAUACAUAAGUUGAAAUUGAUAAAACGUAAAUUAUCAUAUGAUAUUAUGUUGUCAAUUGGUUAGUAUAAGUAAACUAGUGUGUUUUAAAAUGGCAGACUUAAAUGAAAAGUUACUAUUAGAACUUUUAAAAAAGCCUGGAAACAAUGAAUGUGCUGAUUGUGGAGCUAAAAACCCCGAAUGGGCUUCUUACAAUAUUGGAGUGUUUUUAUGCACAAGAUGCGCUGGCGUACACCGAUCCAUGGGUGCACAUAUUUCGAAAGUAAAACAUUUGAAAUUGGAUAGAUGGGAGGAUUCACAAGUUACCAGAGUAAGAGAAGUUGGAAAUAAUGCAGCAAGACUUUAUUACGAAGAAAGGGUACCUCCAUGUUACAGAAGACCAACUGAAAAUACACCCCAAGUUUUAGUAGAACAAUGGAUCAGAGCUAAAUAUGAAAGAGAAGAAUUUUGUCAUCCUGAAAGACAAAACCAAUAUGUUUCUGGAUUUAUGGAAGGAUUUUUGAUGAAAAGAGGAAAAGAAGAUUCACGAUAUCACCCUCGUAAAUUUGUUCUUUCUGAAGCUGAUGAUACCUUAAAGUACCAUGUGAAAGAACACAAAGAUCCUAAAGCAGUUUUAAGAAUAUCAGAAUUGAAUGUAGCUUUCGCACCACCGAAAACGGGAAAUCAAAAUAGUCUUCAAAUUUCAUUUAUGAAAGACGGUUCCACGCGUCAUAUUUAUGUUUAUCAUGAAGAUCCAGAAAUUAUUACCAAUUGGUAUUUAGCUAUCAGAUGCGCCAAGCUUCACAGGUUACAAGUUGCAUAUCCUGGUGCAUCAGAAAAUGAAUUAAUUUCUCAAUUGACUAGAGAUUUUCCAAGAGAAGGUUUCCUCUGGAAAACUGGACCUCGACAUUCUGAUGCUUACAAAAAAAGAUGGUUUACUUUGGAUGGCCGAAAAUUGAUGUAUCAUGAUGAUCCCAUGGAUGCUCAUCCAAAAGGAGAAAUUUUCAUUGGACAUAGCUCAGAAGGAUUCUCAGUAAAGCUUGGUGUUCCACCAGGAGCAAAGGAUCAAGGUUUUUCAUUUACUCUCGAAACACCAGAUAGAAGUUUUUUGUUAUCUGCUCAAAGUGAUGACGAUCGAACCCAAUGGAUGAAUGUUAUUCAAAAAGUUAUUGACAAACCUUUGACACCACAAGAUGCUACUGUUGCAGCACGUUUAAUAAGAAAACGUACAGCUAGUGGUACAAUGAAUAUAUUUUCAUCAACAAGAUAGAGUUAAAUGAAUCGAUCAAAAUCGUAUUUUUAAUAACAUUAGAAUCUAAUUGUAUCUUAUAUUAAUAAUGUACGAUAAUAUUGAUUACAUCAUACAACGAUAGAAAGCAUAACAAAAAUUUGAUCUAAAAAAAUGAACGUAUAACAAUUAAAAACUUGUAACGUCACUAAGGAGAUAAUGAUUAUUUAUAGACAAUUAUUAGCUUACGUAGUUUCACAAAAGAAUAUAAGACUGACAAUAAAGCAUCAAUGCAUGUAACCUUUCUCAUGCAAGUUAUACUUAUUUAAUACAUUCAUUUGUAAAACUUAUUUCAUAUUAAAAACUUUCACUGAAUUGAGAUUGA